GAUGUACCGGACUUUUACUUCACUGGCAUCUCCACUUUUGCUCAUAUGGAGCACGUUAAGUGCCUGACCCAACCUUCAGCAGAGUUCGAUAUCGCACUGAUCGGCAUUCCGAUAGACACCGCUGUAUCUUUCAAACCAGGGGCGAGAUUCGGACCGCGUGCGAUCCGCUUCGGCUCGGCGCGUCAGACGUCUUUCCGAACGUUCAACCCCAUUCUGGGCAUCAACCCCUUCCAGUCGAACGCCACGAUUGUCGACUGUGGGGACAUGCCCAUUACACCCUUUGACAAUUCGGUGGCCUUUUCACAAAUCGAAGAUGCCUAUUCUGCACUGCUCCAGCACCCCACUCCUUCGGGAAGGAAAAGCCUCGGCGCUUCAAGCGAGCCUCGUAGCAAGGAACAGGGAGGGGUCCUCGCCCUGGACGGCAAGAGACACCCUCGCAUCGCCUCGAUGGGUGGGGAUCACUCCAUUGUACUUCCCAUCUUACGGUCCUUGCACAAGGUGUACGGCCCCAUUACGGUGAUUCACAUGGAUGCGCACCUGGACUCUUGGCAGCCCAAAGCCUAUGGAUCCUCUGUGUGGGAAAGUGCUCAAGCUGGUUAUACCCACGGGACCAUGUUCCAUCAUGCCGCCGUCGAAGGGCUCACCGCCAACAAUUCCGUCCACCUGGGCUUGCGCGGUCUGCUGAGCGGUGCCGACUACGAUGACUACGUGCACGAUGCAAAUUGUGGAUUCAGCUACCUCGAAACGCAAGAGAUGGUAGACAUGGGGCUGAACGAGGUGGCCAGGCUUGUGAAGGAACGUGUAGGAAACAGUCCGGUCUACCUGAGCAUCGACGUGGACGUCAUGGACCCCUCGGUGGCUCCCGGCACGGGUACCCCAGUCGCUGGAGGUCUACUAUCUCGUGAGGUGCGCGAGCUGAUUCGGUUACUCCAGGGAGUCAAUCUGGUAGGAGUAGACGUGGUGGAAGUCUCCCCACCCUACGACAGUCAAGCAGAGAUCACGGCAUUGGCAGCUGCAGAGCUGAUGUACGAGUUGAUCACCAUCAUGGUCCUU